CUGAUAUCCGUAUUCUGCUCAUUGCUUCAAAGGAAAGUUAUCUUUAAACACAUCGUUCCUCUUUCACUGUGAGUAGAAACAGUUUAUUGAUGUAAUGAUUCUGUAAACCUCCUGUGAACAUUAUUUAAUCUGACAUGUUUUAUAGUCUCACAGAGAUGAGAGGAGCAGCUAUGAGUUUAACUGCAGCAGCGAGUGGAUUAGUUGUCUUCCUGCUCUCUGUGUCAGUGGUUCAGGGUCAGGAUGGCUGGAGAGUGAGUUGCUCUUCUACUGAGAUCUGUGCAGUGAAAGGAUCAACAGUGGAGAUAAGAUGCAGCUACACAUACCCAUCUAGCUGGAAUAAUCGUGUUAACACAUUAGAGAAAACAUUGUGGUUAACUAAACAGAAAGGUGGUAAACAUGUAGAUCUGAACACAGUCUCAGAGUAUGCAGGUCGUGUAGAGGAUCUCUGUGGAAACAACAUCUGCACUCUGAGAAUCAGAAACCUGAGAGAGAGCGACUCAGCUGAGUACAGGUUCAUGUUCAAAACAAACCAAGCUACAUACUGGGCUAAUCCAGUCACUUUGUCCGUCACAGAUCUCCAGGUGCAGGUGAGCAGAUCAGGAUCGUCUACUCUCCUUCGGUGUCUCAGCAGUUGUUCACCUGGUCAAACUUCCUACAUCUGGUUUAAGAACAGAGAGGAAGUGAAGGAAGACACAUCUUCUUAUGCAUACUUCAGAUAUGAGUCAGCAGACAGUUAUUCCUGUGCUUUGAAGGGAUAUGAGGACUUCCCCUCUCCUUCAGUGUAUGCUCCAAAGCUCCCCUCUGUGUCAGUGAGUCCCUUUGGUGAGAUAGAGCAGGGCAGUUCAGUGACUCUGACCUGUAGCAGUGAUGCUAACCCAGCAGCUAACUACACCUGGUACAAGAGGAAUGGAAGUGCAAACCUUUCUUCUGUCAAAGUAGGACCACGUCUCGUCCUCAGCUCCAUCCAGUCCUCUGACUCUGGACAGUAUUACUGCAGAACUGAGAAUCUGCUUGGGAGGAGAAGAUCUGAAUCCAUCUCUAUUGAUGUGAAAUAUGCUCCAAAGCUCCCCUCUGUGUCAGUGAGUCCCUCUGCUGAGAUAGAGGAGGGCAGUUCAGUGACUCUGACCUGUAGCAGUGAUGCUAACCCAGCAGCUAACUACACCUGGUACAAGAGGAAUGAAGACUCUCCAAAAGCUUCAGGACAGAUCUUCAACAUCACUGACUUCAGAGCUGAACACAGUGGGAGUUAUUCCUGUGGAGCUCAGAACAAGUUAGGGCGUAGUAACUCCACCUUUCAUCUGAUUGUUGUGGCAUGGAGUUCAACAAUGAUAGUGAAUAUCAUCAGGACGACUCUGGGGGUCUUGAUUCUGAUUCUUGCGCUUCUCCUGAGUCUUUGGAUGAGGAAGAAGAAAGCUCUGCGCUCCACCACUGAAGCACCUGAAGAGAUAGAGUUGGACUCUGAUCCUGAGUAUGAGAACAACUCACACACUGCAGCACAGACAGAAGACACAGAGGAGCAGGAAGACAUGGUGUGAAGUCCAGUCAGGUUAGAGCCUCCUGCAUCAGAUCAAACAGGCCCACUCCACAUGUAGAGUCACAGUUCCAGCUGUAACUUUACACAAAGUCUCUGUGAUUUUCUUCAGACGCUCACCUGAUGGAAACAAAGAAGAAGGACGUUGAAAUGUCCCUGUGGAGAGCGAGGCUGUGCAGGAUGUGUGCAAAGUGGAUAUAUUCACGUUCAACUCUUAAAGCUUUUAUUGUCAGUUUUCAGUAGCAGCAGCUUGAAGGUUCAACUAUGUGUACAUGUUUAUUUGUUAUAUGCAGAGUUGUUGAUAUUAAAAAAGUCUACUCAAAUUGUUUUUUUAAAUUCCACAUAAUAAAUAACUUUGAAAAAUCCUCA